GCAAACUUUCAUACUAUAAGUGCUGGGCACGCCCAAGGCGCCUCUUGCGUCUCGGAAAGGGAUGCUGCAAGAUUCGGCGGCUCGGAGGCAGCGGGGCUUGCAAGCCGCCGACAACAUGCGCAGCCAAUACUUGCUUAACACACGCCGGUGGGUGGUUCGCCUUGCCGAUCAGUGCAGCCAGCGCGCGAGCCUUACGGUGAGCGCGCAAGCCGCCGCCGCAAACGAGCCAGUCACUGAUCUACCGGAGCUAGUAUCUUGGGUCUUGCACCGAGGAGGUCGAGUGGAUGGCGCAACGCUCGCGAACCUGGCUGGGCGCGAUGGCGGCAGCGGCUGGGGGCUGAAGUGCACCAGAGACGUGCAGCAAGGGCAUCGGCUCAUCACGCUGCCGAACGCAGCGCACCUGACCUACGGCGCCAACGACGAUCCUCGGCUCCUGGCUCUGAUCGAGAAGGUGCCCUCAGAGUUGUGGGGCGCUAAGCUGGCGCUCCAGCUGAUCGCUCAGCGGCUUCAGGGGGGCGAGUCGCAGUUUGCCUCGUACGUGGCGGAGCUACCCAAGGGCUUCCCCGGCAUCCCCGUGUUCUUCCCCCGCACCGCGCUGGACAUGAUCGACUACCCACCCUGCUCGCAGCAGGUGAAGAAGCGCUGCAAGUGGCUGUACGAGUUCAGCACUGAGGUGCUGGCCAGACUGCCGGGUAGCCCCGAGGACCCCUUCGGCGGCGUGGCGGUGGACAUCAACGCCCUGGGCUGGGCCAUGGCGGCGGUGAGCUCACGUGCCUUCCGCACGCGCGGCCCCACACAGCCCGCCGCCAUGCUGCCGCUGAUCGACAUGGCCAACCACACCUUUAGCCCCAACGCCGAGGUGCUGCCGCUUGAGGGCGGCGGCGGCGCGGUGGGCCUGUUUGCGCGGCGGGCCAUUACUGAGGGCGAGCCGCUGCUGCUGAGCUACGGCCAGCUGUCCAACGACUUCCUGUUCAUGGACUAUGGCUUCAUCGUGGAGGACAACCCGUACGACUCUGUGCAGCUGAGGUUCGACGUCAACCUGCUGCAGGCCGGCGCGCUGGUGGCCAACGUGAGUGAUGCACUGGGCGCCCCCCUGGACCUGGCGCCCCGCACCUGGCAGCUGCAGCUGCUGGCCGAGCUGGGGCUGGUGGGCCCAGCCGCCAACACCGAGCUCAACAUCGGCGGCGGCGGCCCGGGCGCUGAGCUGCUGGACGGGCGGCUGCUGGCGGCGGCGCGCAUCAUGGUGGCGCGGGCCGAUGGCGAGGUGUCGGGGCGCGGCGUGGAGCGGCUGUGUGCUGUGGACCGACCGCUGGGUCGGGACAACGAGCUGGCGGCACUGCGCACUGUGGGCGGCGUGCUGGCGUUUGCGCUGAGCAAUUUUGCAACCACCCUGGACCAGGACAAGACACUGCUGGCGGGGCAGCCCGUGGCGGUGCCGCAGGCGGGCGGGGUGGGCGAGCGCGAGCUGCCACCCCUUGCCAGUGAGGACGAGGCUCUGGCGGUGCGGUUCCGGCUGGAGAAGAAGAAGAUCCUCAGCCGGGCGCUGCAGCGGGUGGGCGCAUUAAGUCAGGCGGCCGCGGGCAACAGCGAGCUGAGGCAGACGGCAGGCUCUGCAGCAGCAAAGAAGGGCAGCAAGCCGGCGCCGGCCACUGGCAAGGGCUUCGGCUCCAAGAAGCGGUGAAAGCCAGCUGUGUACAAACGAAACGACUUGUAUGAUAACGCAGCGUUUUUUGUGAGGGCAUGCGAACUCCCAUUAUUAUUGAGGGACAUGCCGCGCUUAUUCUUUUGCAAAAUUGAUACGGUAUCGACGGUUGAGCGGCUUUGGAAAUAGAGCUGGAUGCCACCCGGUGUGCUGGGCCUGGUGUUCCCGAGCGGUCUGAAGGACCUGCACAUGUCGUUUGUUGUGCGCGUGUGCUCCUUGAUCGCUUGGAGGCAGUGGGUUAGCACAAGCUAGUGGCAUUGGGGCUGUUGCCGACACUAAGAAUGUGCAGAACGGGUUUCGACUGGCUAUGACUUUGAACCUGGCCGUUACCCUGUCCCAUCGCAUGGUGUGUUCAGGUGUGUUUUAUGACUUAUGACCCGAUGCCUCCUCUUCAACCCCAACGCCCACUGCAGCCAUGCCAUUUACGGUAUGCCCACCACCACAAGACGCACAUGUCCAUCCCUUUGGAGUCCAGCUGACCAGCUCAGCCAACCGAUGCGGAACAGCGGAUGUCCGGCUCCCAUCUUGAGCUGCGUGCCAGCCCAUCGGCUAUGCUAU